GCUUUUGCCGAAAUAGGCAGCCAUAAACAAGAAAGCAAAGACCUUUCCUUUGCCAUCUCCCAUUUGACGACCGGAGCCCCACAUAAGCGCCAGUCUAUAAGGAGAUCGGCACAAGCAGCCAAAAACAAUCAAUACCCACAAAACCAUUCUUCCAUUUUACCUCAAUUUUCAUUUUCCGGCGACAAUGGCAGCUCAUUUCUCAUCUAUCUCUACCGCUUCCCGCUCUUCCUUCUCUCCUAAUCGCUCUAUUCCUCCUCAUCGCUGGCAUCGGACCUUAUUCAACUUCAAUUUUUUCAAUGAGUUCCAAACCCCAAAGAUUUUAUCUGUCCGAACCCAAUACCCAAGUUCAGAACCUAGAAAUUCCUCGAUUGUAUCCAAGGCCAAUGGACUUGAAGCUGGAUGUGGGUCCGAGGAAGGGAAAGAUUCUUCCUCCACUUCUUCAGUCAUUGAUUUUCUCACCUUGUGUCAUAGCCUUAAGAGUACAAAAAGGAAGGGGUGGGUCAAUCAUAAGAUAGUGGGUCCUGAAUCCAUUGCUGAUCACAUGUAUCGAAUGGCAUUGAUGGCCUUGAUUGUUGAGGACCUUCCUGGUGUCAAUAGAGAAAGGUGCAUCAAGAUAGCAAUUGUGCAUGAUAUUGCUGAAGCUAUUGUUGGAGAUAUAACCCCUAAUGAUGGUGUGCCUAAAGCGGAAAAGAGCAGAAUGGAGCAAGAAGCUUUAGAUGAGAUGUGCACAAUUCUUGGUGGAGGGCUAAGAGCUGAAGAGAUCAAGGAACUUUGGACUGAGUAUGAAACUAAUUCCACCUUGGAAGCUAAUCUUGUCAAAGACUUUGACAAAGUUGAAAUGAUUCUACAAGCAUUAGAGUAUGAAAAGGAACAUGGGAAGGUGCUGGAUGAAUUUUUCAUUUCAACUGCAGGGAAAAUUCAAACUGAAAUAGGCAAGAGGUGGGCUGCAGAGAUUCAUUCUAGGAGAAAUUCGAAGUUAGGAAACAAGCCAUAACCGAACAUCUAAUUUAUUGAAGCCUGAGGUUAACUUUUGCAUUUUAAAUUGCUUCCAAAUAGAAUUUUCAUUAUGUCUCUCUUUGCUUGGACAUAGAAGGAUUACAUUUAUUUUAGUCUGAGUAUGCUGAAAUCAUAGGAAGGAGUUCUAGCUCUAAUUUGAUAGUUAAGUGUACUGUAACAUAUUUUGCUAUAUAAUUUAUUACACUUUAGAAUAGUUUUUCGGUAUUUGUAACUUUUAUUUUCGACACUAAAUGAAUGUUUUAAGUCAUUUUAAAUGAUCAAUAUAAUGUUUUACAAGACAA